GAUACCAUUGUUGCUGAGCUGAACAAAGAUAAACAACUGUACUCUUUCUGGAUUUCCUCGUCAGGAGUACAGCUAGCAAGCUGCAGGCAAGAAUUGAUGGAAGCACUUGAAGUUCUACAUCCUGAUCCCGACCUCAAAAAUUUGGAAGUUACUGGUUAUCAAGGGGUUGAUUUCUGUCCUAGCUGGUUAUUGCCAGAAAAGUUACCAAAUUUAGUGUCCCUUACAUUUAAGGAGUGCUAUAAUAUCAUGGACGCAUCAUUUUCCAGACUAUUUUCCAGAGGAUUUCAGUCCCUCACCGACAUAUGUAUAAAUAAUUGCAGAAAAUUAUCAAGUCUCAGCCUGUUUUCGCAUCCAGAUUUCAUACCAUCAAAAGGAUGAGGAUAGGUUCAUGUGAGCAGUUAGUGUCAUUAUCAACUGAAAGGUUUGGUGAAUUGUGUCAUCUUGAAGAACUGGAGAUCUGUCAGUGCCCAAAUAUCAGUUGGCAAAAUUUAGUGGCAUUGCCAUCUUCUCUCAGGAAACUAACAUUAAUUCAGUUUGGGUCAUCUGUUGAUCAUUUUGUGACUUGCUUACUUGGACUUAACUCCCUCAUAUUGAUUACUUUGUGGGAUUCUUCUCUGACAUCCAUUCCGUUGCUAUGGACUAAUAAUCUCCCAUCGGUGGAGAAGCUGGAUUUUACAAAUUGUGAAAACCUUACAUCAUUUAGAGGAUCCAAUGAAAUCUUCAACCCUCACAUUGGCGGUGGAAACACUAGCAACGCCCAGACAUUCAAGUCACUUACUGAGAUAACAAUUGAAGACUGCAAAAGAUUGUCAAGUCUUGAUGACCACUUGACAACUGAUUAUGUACCUGUCAUCAGGAAAAUUCAUGUCAAGAAUUGUUUGGGGUUGUUGUCAUUGGCCACUGGAAGGUUUGGAAGCUUUUCUUUUCUAGAAGAUUUGGAGAUCCACAAAUGUCCAAAUCUCAUAUGGCAAAGAGGAUUUACAUUGCCACGAUCUCUAGCACGACUUUGCUUGGCUAGGUGUGGUGAUGUCUCCGAAUGGUUUCCUUCCUGCCUGGUGAACCUCACUUUCCUCGCAUACUUGCAGUUGUCUGAGCUUUCGUAUGUAACAUAUAUUCCUGGAGACAUUUGGAGGAACAAUCUUCCUGCACUGGAACAUUUGGUAAUUUGGCGUUGUGAAGAUCUUAAGUCCAUUGGUGGACCAGAAGAAAUUGCACACAUAAGUAAUGUGCACAUUGAUAGUUGCCCCUUGCUGAGCACACUAAAUAAAUCUUCAUUGGAGGGUGGGAGUCAAAAUUGAUUGCGAAAUUCCGGAUUACUAGAGAAGGCACCAGAUACAAGCCAAAGAGAUGAAGAGAAGUGAACACUGGGGAGGUCAACCUUUCCCCUGUUCCUUGAGCUUUUCAGAAGUGUUUGAUGAUUGGGCCUCCAAAAACAUCUGCCUCUUUUCGGCGACUAUGAUAGUUUGGAACAGAAUAAGGGACCACCUUGCGCUCUGGUUCACACCUUCGUGCAAAGUAUUCUGAGCCUAUGUAAAGGUUUCCAGCGAAAAAGUUUUCUGGAGAAUUUUUCCAGAACAAGCUAUUGUGCUAGUAUUAUCUGAAAACUCAUUACUAUUUACAGCGAACUAUUUUGUGAAAGCCCCUUGUAGAAUCAAACCUAUUUUCGUUCCCUUCUUUCAUAAUUUCACACUGCCGUUUUUCACUCUUUUUACAUGUUAGUUUUGUUUAUAGUGGAUUGAAAAUACUUGUGACGCUAGAAAGGCUUAAGUUGCAAUGAAAAAGGCUUCAGUGUCUACUGCGAAUGGUUGUCAUGAUGGGGAAAAAAUGGAUCCAAAUCUUACAUUCAGGUUCGAGUUAAGGUUUGCAUUAGCAUAGCUAGCUUUAGAAAUCGAAGAAGCUACUCCAUCCGUCUCUAAAACAAUGCAACUCUCGCAUUUUGAGUUUGACCAAAUUUAUAUCAAAUAGUAUUAAUAUUUAUAUUACAAAAUAAAUAUUAUUAAAUUAAUCAUUUAAUAUAUUUGUACACUAAAUUUAUUUAAAGAUACAAAUAUUAGUAGUAUUUUGUAUGACUUUAAUCAAAUUUAUAACUGUUUGACUUUCCAUUUAAUAGUUCUUUUUUUUCCGGAUGGAGUACUUCUCGCACCGCAUUCCUAGCGCCCCCCGGAAUUUUAUUUCACAAAUAUCUCGCCGACAGGUGGGUCCAGAGAGAGUCUCCCCUGUCCCACAGAGCCAUCACUUCGCGGAGCCAGAACCGUCCAUCUCCGCCGCCGCCGGCGGCAUGGCUGGCGCUCUCCAGGCCCUCCGUCGCCGCCGCCACCUCCUCCGCCUCCUCCCGUGCCCCGCCACGCUCUCCACCUCCGCCUCGCCUCCCGACCCUCGCGAGCUCCUCCGCAUCGACCGCAUCUUAAACAGCCCUCCCCCCGCCGCCGCCGCCGCCGCCGCCUCUCAGCUCCCACAACACCCACGCGCCGUCUCUGCCGCCGCCAGCCUACAUCAUCUCCUCCACCGCGCCGCCGGCCUGACCGCUGCGGAGUCCGCCUCCCUCCUUCGCGGCCUCCCGGGUGCCCACGUCCACCCCCGCCUGGGCCGCCUCCUUCAGGAGCUCGCCGGCCUCCGCCUCCCGGGGGCCGAAAUCAAGGCCGCCCUGGCGUCCGACCCGGAGGGGCUCCUCUCCAUGGACCCCGGCGAGCCGUCCCGCCUCCUCGAGCUCCUGCGCGACCUCCGGUGCCGGAAGGCGGUCAAGGAGCAGGUCCUCGCCCGCGGCGCGCUCCGCGCCGCCGUCGCCGCCCGGCGGCGGGUGGAGCUCCUGCGCGCGCGCGGGCUCACCCGCCACGACGCCCUGCGCGUGCUGGCCGCCGAGCCGCGCGCGAUGCUGUACUCCCCGGAGGACGUGGAGAGGAAGGUGGAGUUCCUGGUGGGCGCGAUGGGGUUCGAGGUCCGGUGGCUGGUGCAGUACCCGGAGUUCCUGGGGGUGAACCUCGACAAGUGGAUCAUCCCGCGGCACAAUGUGGUGGAGCACUUGAAGUCUGUCGGCGGGCUCGGGGACCCUGUUGAGAUGAAGCACUAUGUGAGGCUCAGCCGCAGGAGGUUCUACAACAUGUUUGUCAAGCCGUACCCGGAAUGUGAGAGGAUAUUUGGGGGGUUGGUCAGGGAGAGGGAGGAAAUGGUGAGGCGGCGGCACCCGACGGGGCUCUGGAAGCUGUUUACACCGGCGAAGCAUGAGCUUACUCAGGAGGAGGUGACGAACAUGAAACUUGUUGUGGGAUCACUUCGUUAGGUAUGUUAUGAUCCCGGGAAUACCAGUUCGCUCGAAUGCGGAACACCGCAUGCCUUGAGCUAAUUGUGAGUGAACCAAGAAGAGCUGGUUGAGAAAUUCAUGGUCAAGGGAACUUGUCAAGGAGGCAAGACUGCAGGUGGUAUUGUGGUAGGAUAGAGGUUCCAUGAGAUGACUGUUUGCAGACAAAAAAUGGCAGUUGUUGUGAAUGGACAUGAACACAUUGGGUAUUCUCAAAUAUGUCUUAGUGACGUGUCCCACCACAGAUGAGAAGAUUAAAAUCCUUUCUUAGAGGAGUAAUUUUGGUUAUAAUGGAUCACCAUAGUAUGCUGAUUAGAGCAAAGUGGAUAACAAAUUCAGGAAAGCUGGCUGCUGAUGCAAGGAUUAUCUCAAGGUAUCCACAAAUGGAUUGAGCAGCAGAAGCUCAUAACUUUUGUUUUUUGAAUUUAUGAUCAACAGAACAUUGUGCUGAGAAGCUAUGUAUGCUAACUUGGUACCCAGAAGUUCUCUUCUGCAUGCAUUGGGGCCAUUUGUUAGUUCACAGGCAUUUCAUUGCUUUUGAUUUUUAUCAUUAUGUAUUUCCCUUUCAUGUGUGUUCAGCAUUAGUUUGAGUUAUGGGCUAUGAGUACAUCUUUAAAAAAAAUCUUCCAUUUACAUUCAUUCACCUUUAUGGGCUAUGUAUUAUUUGGUCUUUUUUCUUC